AUGCCUCCCCGCGUACCCCUCACCAUCGGCCUGUUUGGCUGCGGUACCGUCGGCGGCGGCGUCUUCGACUUGCUCCACGACCCCGCGCGUCGUCAGGCGCUCAGUCGCCUCGGCGUCGACGCGCGCGUGGCCAAAAUCUGCGUGCAAGACGUGCACAAAGACCGCCACCUCGCGCACCUGUCGCCGAGCGAGACGUCGUUCACCAGCAACGUCCGCGACAUUCUCGACGACAGCCGCAUCAACUGCGUCGUGGAGCUCAUGGGCGGCGUCCAGGCCGCAAAAGACGUCGUGUUCGAGGCAAUCCAAGCCGGAAAGCACGUCAUCACAGCCAACAAGGCGCUCGUCGCGUCCUGUCUGCCCGAGAUCGAGCAGCUCUUGCGCGCGCAUCCACACGUGCGCUUCAGCUACGAAGCGGCCGUGGCCGGGGGCAUCCCCAUCAUCCACACGCUCCAGAGCGCCUACAACAGCGACACGAUCACGGAAGUUGCCGGGAUCUUGAACGGCACGACGAACUACAUGCUGUCUAAGAUGGAGACGCAAGGCGUGGCGUACGACGCGGUACUGAAAGAGGCGCAGGCGCUCGGGUUCGCCGAAGCCAACCCGAGCGCUGACGUCGAUGGCUACGAUGUCCAGAGCAAGAUUGCGAUCUUGACGAAACUGGCCUUUGGCGGCGUCGUGCAGCCAGCGGCGAUCCCGACCAUGGGCAUUGCGCGGCUCUCGGCAGCGGACUUUGAGUACGCCAAGAUGAUGGACAGCACGAUCAAGUUGCUGGGGGUGGCAAAAGUCGUGGGAGAGACGAAUACCGACGAAAGCCAAACAGAUACCGGUAGACCGACUGUCGUCACGGUAUUUGUGUCGCCAGUUGUGGUACACUGUACCAACGUCAUUGCGAGCAUCAGCGGCGCAACGAACCUCGUGAACGUGCGCUCGCUUAAUCUUGAGAGCACGGCGUACGUCGGGCCAGGCGCGGGUCGCUUGCCCACGGCGAACUCGGUCUUGAAUGACAUUGUUCAGCUCGCACGUGGCGACGCGCCGUGCGAUCCGUUUAUGCACGCGAAGCCGCUGACGCUCGAGCCCGACUAUGAAGCGCGGUUUUACGUGCGCAUCACGAUCACGGACGGAUUGGGCAUUAUCCGCCACGUGGGAGAGACGGCGGAAGCGAGCGGCGUGUCGAUUUACUCGAUUCUUCAGGCGCCGAUCGUCGACCGCGCGCACGUGCGGUUUGUCGUGACGACAGAGAUGUCGCCGUUGUCCAAGGUGCGCGCCAUGUGCCAGAAGAUUGCGGCAUUGCCGUUUGUGCAGGAAGAGCCGCUGUUUCUACCAAUCAUGUAA